AUGUUCGGCAGAAUCAUAGUUCUUAGAUACAUUAAUGUCUACAUUCAGGAUAUCCCAGAGGAAGAUAUUAGGCGUGUCGAGGAUCGAAUCGGUGUCUUGGAUCUCUGCAAUAACAGUCUUCGUGAUGUCCCACGUUCUGUUGAACGGUUGAGAAAUCUCCAGUUGAUACUGAUUAUUCAGAACCCCAUCCAAUUCCUACCAGACUUUUUCUUUAGACUAGAUUUCUUAGAUUGUAUCCUGAUAGCCGAUUGUCUGAUCACCUACAUUCCAGACGCCAUUGCAAAUCUUCGUAAUCUAACGAUCUUAGCUAUGCCGAGAAAUAGGAUUGAGUAUGUUUCACCGUACAUUUUCACUAUGCCUAAGCUAGAAUGUAUUAGGUUGGACAAAAACUGCAUUAGAGGACUGUAUCUUCCCCAGAACCUUCAUAUAGGAUCUAAAAAGAUUUACGCAUCCGACAACCCCUUCAACGAAAUGGACCUCAAUAAUGGCCUUCUAGGAAAAAUCACACUGAGACGGGUAUUUGGGAAGAAUAUCUAUUUCACGAAGGAGGAAGAAGAGGCUGCAAAUCCGGCGAACCAGAAACCUAGUACUCUAAAAAUUCUUAUGUAUGCAUUUUUAGUAGGUGUGAUCAUUGGGAUAAUUGAGGCAGCACUGGGAAUAAACUAA